AUGAUCGCAUCUAGCCUGUUUCUUCUGACCGGUCGCGGGGAUCGCAAGCCCGCACAGAGAUCGAACAGAGAUAACAACGAGCGCUUGCGCAAGCUAGAUAAGGUUUCGCCAACUUGCACCCUCGAGAAAUGGUGGGCUAGCACCAAGGGCAAGCUGGGACUGUCCGAGGCUGUCGAUGGACAGUUUGUUUGUGCCGUUUGUCUGGAGCAAGUGGACCGCACGCACGAAAUACGGGAGCUUAAGUGCUUCCAUGUGUUUCAUCGAGAGUGCCUGGAAAAGUGGUUCUUAGGUGACCACUACAAUUGCCCGCUGUGCCAUCGUGCCUAUUUCGCGAGUCCCCCACCUCCCAUUACUCCUUCUGUGUGGAUGGUAUGA